GUCACUGGCCCUGGGGUCAUGUGUGACUCUGUGACAGCUGUACGUGCUCCUUUGCCCGUCCUAUCUGCUGUCCAGGGCAGGCUGUAUAACUCUUAAGGCUCUUGUGUGCCCCAAAUGUGUUAGAGGCUAUGGGGGUUGGAGGGUGGUUGCAGUUCAUGUGGAAGUGGGGAGUCCCCAGAUGACUCAGGGGAGGUAAGAGAUAACCGUGCUCCCCUCUGACUCAGUUCUUGCUUUUGCAGGGGGAAGGUAGUGAGGCAGGGAAAACUGGGUCCCGGCAUGCUGGGUCCCCACCCCCUGCUGUGAGGCCACACAGAGCCUUGGUCUCUGCCUCACGCCCAGCACCUGCUCCUGGAACUAUGUGCUGACUCCCCAGCUCCCAGGCACAAACUAUUUUUGGCUACAGUGACCAUUCGCUAGUAAUGAAAACAGAAACCCCUCUCCCGGCCUUGGUCUUCCGUGGGUCGGUGCACUGGGGGCCAGGGCUGCUGUGCUCGGGCCCCCUCACCAUGCAUUGCCUGUGGAGCUGGGUGGUGACGAAGGCCUCAAGGGUCCCAGAAACCCCGCCACCCACCUUGCCGAGAGAAGCCCAAGGCUCAAGCCUGCCUGCACCAGAUGAGAGUUAUGAGGAGAUUCCCCAAGAGCUCACACUGGAUGCUCUGCUGGAGAUGGACGAGGCCAAGGCGAAGGAGCUGCUGCGACGCUGGGGAGCCAGCAGUGAGGAGUGUAGCCGGCUACAGCAAGCCCUCACCUGCCUUCGGAAGGUGACCGGCCUGGGAGGGGAACACAAGGAAGACUCUGGUUGGAGUUCCUCAGAGGCACAACGAGAAAGCAGUUCGGGGCCUUCGGUGGACAUGCUUUCCCCACUGGGCAGAGUGGGCAUGGGCACGCAGGGCGCUCGCUCCAUCUCUGUGUCCGCCCUGCCCGCCUCAGACUCUCCAGUCCCCGGCCUCAGUGAGGGCCUUUCGGACACCUGUAUCCCCUUGCACACCAGUGGCCGGCUGACUCCCCGGACCCUGCACAGUUUCAUCACGCCCCCUACCACACCCCAGCUACGACGGCACGCCAAGCUGAAGCCACCAAGGACGCCCCCACCGCCAAGCCGCAAGGUCUUCCAGCUGCUGCCCAGCUUCCCCACGCUCACACGCAGCAAGUCCCACGAGUCCCAGCUGGGAAACCGAAUCGAUGAAGUCAAUAUGAGGUUUGAUCUCCCUCAUGGGUCCCCGCAGCUGGUACGAAGGGACAUCGGGCUCUCGGUGACACACAGGUUCUCCACAAAGUCCUGGUUGUCGCAGGUCUGCAACGUGUGCCAGAAGAGCAUGAUGUUUGGCGUGAAGUGCAAACACUGCAGGUUGAAGUGUCACAACAAGUGCACAAAGGAAGCCCCCGCCUGCAGAAUAUCCUUCCUCCCAAUAGCCAGGCUUCGGAGGACAGAGUCCGUCCCCUCAGAUAUCAACAACCCAGUAGACAGAAAAGAGCCCGAAUUUCGAACCCUCCCUAAGGCCCUGACCAAGAAGGAGCACCCGCCAGCCAUGAACCUGGAUUCUAGCAGCAACCCAUCCUCCACCACGUCCUCCACACCCUCAUCACCGGCACCCUUCCUGACCUCGUCAAACCCCUCCAGUGCCACCACGCCCCCAAACCCCUCACCUGGCCAGCGGGACAGCCGGUUCAACUUCCCAGACAUUUCAGCCUGCCCUCAGGCAGCCCCGCCCUCCAGCACGUCGGACAGUCUGCGGCUCAACGACCAGCCCAAAGCAGACGUGCUGGGUGUUCACGACGCAGAGGCUGAGGAGCCGGAGGCUGGAAAGUCGGAGGCAGAAGAUGAUGAGGACGAGGUCGACGACCUCCCCAGCUCCCGUCGGCCCUGGCGGGGUCCCAUCUCUCGAAAAGCCAGCCAGACCAGCGUGUACCUGCAAGAGUGGGACAUCCCGUUUGAGCAGGUGGAACUGGGCGAGCCCAUUGGGCAGGGCCGCUGGGGCCGGGUGCACCGAGGCCGAUGGCACGGAGAGGUGGCCAUCCGGCUGCUGGAGAUGGACGGCCACAAUCAGGACCACCUGAAGCUCUUCAAGAAAGAGGUGAUGAACUACCGGCAGACCCGGCACGAGAACGUGGUGCUCUUCAUGGGGGCCUGCAUGAACCCACCGCACCUGGCCAUCAUCACCAGCUUCUGCAAGGGGCGGACAUUGCACUCAUUUGUGAGGGACCCCAAGACGUCUCUGGACAUCAACAAGACGAGGCAGAUCGCCCAGGAGAUCAUCAAGGGCAUGGGGUACCUUCAUGCUAAGGGUAUCGUGCACAAAGACCUCACGUCCAAGAAUGUCUUUUAUGACAAUGGCAAAGUGGUCAUCACAGACUUCGGACUGUUUGGCAUCUCGGGCGUGGUCCGAGAGGAGCGGCGUGAGAACCAGCUGAAGCUGUCCCAUGAUUGGCUGUGCUACCUGGCCCCUGAGAUCGUGCGAGAAAUGAUACCCGGGAGGGAUGAGGACCAGCUACCCUUCUCCAAAGCUGCUGACGUCUAUGCAUUUGGGACUGUGUGGUAUGAACUACAGGCAAGAGACUGGCCCUUCAAACACCAGCCCGCAGAGGCCCUGAUCUGGCAGGUCGGAAGUGGGGAAGGAGUGAGGCGAGUCCUGGCAUCCGUCAGCCUGGGGAAGGAAGUCGGAGAGAUCCUGUCUGCCUGCUGGGCUUUCGACUUGCAGGAGAGACCCAGCUUCAGCUUGCUGAUGGACAUGCUGGAGAAGCUGCCCAAGCUGAACCGGCGGCUCUCUCACCCUGGGCACUUUUGGAAAUCGGCUGACCGCUGGAGGAGCCGCUACUACGGAAAAGGACGCUAUGGUCACCCUGACUUUAAGAGCUCCUGUCCAGUUCUGGAGCAAUACAUGAACAGCAGCAAAGUCAUGCCCCGCUUUGAAAGGUUUGGCCUGGGGGCCCUGGAAUCCAGUAAUCCAAAGAUGUAGCCAGCCGUGCACGUUCAUGCAGAGCGUGUCCUCCCUUCGGAACCAUGCAAACCACCGCCACGAGGAGUCGGAGAAGCCUCGCACCCCGAGCUGCAGACUAGGAGAAUGACACGUCCAUGCAGAACGUGCC